GCCUGCUGUUUCACUGAUCCUCCUCCUUCCCCUUUUUGAAUGUAGGUUGAAUGUAGGAUUCUGUUUUUGUUCUCCGGGCUUCCAGCACCUCACCAUCUCUGCUGACAUAAACUUUUUUUCAAGGAACAACAAGAACAACAACAAAAUCCAGACCUCAGAUUGACAGAAUCUUCCAAACUGUUGUGAGCAUUCACCUUACAAUCAUUUGUACGUUUAGCCCACGAUGCAAAUAAGUGCCAAGAAUGUGGAGUCUAGCUCUUGAUGGUCAAGGUCACCCUCCCAGUCUUUCCAGUUCCUGCUAGUCGGAUGCGCCAUGUGGGGACUCUGACAACCAGAAUUGUAAAGGUAAUUGCAGGAGAAGCAAAGGGUAUGUACAUUCUCACUGAAAGGCGAUGAAGAGGAGGACACAACCGCUUUGAUUGCCUGCCUCUGCUUUCGUAUACGAGGCAGCCGGUGCUUUUGGCUGGGAGCCCAGGCAGGGCUUUUGUAAUCAAAACAUGAUCCUGUAUGCGGUGCAGCCAGUACUGAGAAAGGCCGACGGAUGGCUCUCCUCUUUUAGCCCUGCUGUGGAAUCUGCCGAGCUUCACCUCUGAUGUCCAAAAUGCACCAUUCUGAUGUUGCUAUGGAUGAUGCGAUGUUGCAGAAAAAAGAAGAAAAAGAUGUUGAACUGGAUAAAAAAAUUCUAGCUCUGAGGAAGAAGAAUGAAGCUCUCAUGAGAAGAUAUCAAGAAAUAGAAGAAGACAAGAAACGAGCAGAACGAGAAGGAAUGGCUGUCACUACAAGGAGGGCUAGGCCAGAUGGCCUUACCAUCACCAUCACCAAACCAAAUCAUGAGAAAAGGAUUGUGAACGAGAAGUGGGGAAGCAGUUGCUCUUCUGCCUCAAGCUUUGGGGUUGGUAGUGAGGAAGACGAUGAAGAAAAUGAUCACGUCUUCACAUUCAGGAUGGGGAAACGGGUUCAGUUGGCCGUGACCAUGGACAACAAAGGCAAGGGAAAGCGGGUUGUCCGAGAGAAAUGGGGAUCUGAGGAUCCCGGGAAUCCAGCAGAGGUGCCAGAUAUCAGCGAAGAAGAGAGGGAUGAGCGGCUUGCUUUCUGUAGAGGAAAAAUGCAGAUUGCCAUUACAAUGGAAAACAAAGGCAGGACAGAUGAAAGGAAAACCACAGAGAGGAAGUUGUCUGGUGAAGACAACCACCCCAAGACUGCACACCCCAGAAAGGAAAGAGAGAAUUCUCCUCAGGAGAGCCCAGGAGAGAAAAACCGCACCCUGACUGGGAGAGAACGGUCAGAGUACAUGCAAUGGAAGAAAGAACGGGAUCAGAUAGAUUUUGAGAGGCUCACCCGCCACAAGAAUGCAAGGGGUGAAUGGCGACGGGCUUGGGAUGUAGAGAAAACCAAGGGCAUGUUUGAGAAUAUAAGGGAUGGGAAACCAAUUUUGGACUGCCCCCAGAAUAAAAAAGGGGGAAAAGGUGUCAGGAAAUCCCAGCUACGAGAUCUACCUUCUGAUGGGAAAGGCAUAACUGGGGAAAAGGCUGACAAACAACAGAUAAGGAAUGUAGGAUUUGUAAUGGUAGAGCAGAUGCUACCAUCAGAAAGGUGGGAUGUUAAGGAAGGUGAUGAAAUGCCCUUUUUAAAAGAUGAAUUUGAUAAUCAGCAAUCAAUUAAUGUGAAAGAACAAAAGAAUCAAACUCUGGUCGGUGAAGCAGAGAAAGAGCACCAUUUCCUACCCAGUUUAGAGAAUUGUAUAAAGCUAAAAGAAUCUAAUAUUCCCAUGCCACAGACCAAAAUAAGUGAAAUGGACUCAGCUUCAAGGGAAGUCCAAAGCUCAAAUGAAGAAUCCAGAAGGGGCCUUAUCCAGGAUGUUAGUAGAGAUGAGACUGAGGUAAAUCUCAAACUCAAUAAGGCAAUAUCCGGCCCUGAUUUGUCUCCUAAGACUAACUAUAAGAAUAGCUGCCUGGAAAUUUCCAGAGUUUCUAGGGAUGCAAUUCAAGAAAUCCAUGAAAAUUGCUUAGAUAAAAACACAUGUUCUGAAAGGCACCCUGAGGAGGAUUCUGCUGACAAUUUUAACAAGCUGCCAGAUGUGAUGGAAACAGGUAGCAGAGGCCAGGAAUUGUCAGUAAUGAGACAAACAGGAGAAAUCCAUAUUGGAAGCCUGAAGAAGCAGGUAGCUCUUGGGACAGAAAAGAGUAACACAGCCUGCCUUGCACAUGGGGAGGAAAACAAGACCUCCGUUGGAGAAAUUCAAGGGAUAAGGAAUGAAUGUGCACCAGAAGAAACAAAAAUGUGCAACUUGAAGCAAGACAAUCCUGAGUCAUGCAAUAAGGAAGUACAUAAUUAAUCUAAAGAUGAGUGGAGCGCCUAGCAGGCUGAAGAUUAGCGUAUGGUAUUUUGUUCAUUUAUAUAGAUUUUAUAGUGUAUACUAUCUUAACACUCAGGGAAGGCAACCUACUGACACCUAAAAGAUAUGGGGUGCAGUCCCCCACAAUGUUCUUUCUAAAGCGCUAUUGAUAUGAACCAUCAAAAUGCAAGAUUUGAGUAAAUAUGCCUCUUGUAAGAACAACGAUAUUUGAGGGAUGAGGAAGUACGCUAUUACUUGGUUUAAACUGAGGUGAAAUGGUUUACAGAUUCAGAAUACUCCAGGAUAUAUCAAGUUUGAUGAAGACCAUGUCUACAAGAAGGCAGCAACAAUGAUGAAGACUUAGAGAUCAAAGUUUAGGAGGAACAUCUGAAAAAGAUGUAUAUGCUUAUCCUAAGGAACAUAUUAUCAAGAAGUGAUAGGAUAACUACUUCAAGUUAUGAAAGCCUGGGAGAUAGCUGAUAGAAGACUCAUUAUUCUGCAGAGUAAGAUGCAAACCAGUAGGGCAAAUAUUAGGAAGAUCUUCCUGACGGAAGUGGAAAUGAAAAACUGUAUGAGUUUUUUCAACAAAGGUUGGCUGCCUUUCUAUCAGAGUUCUUGUUACAAUACUUUUUGCUUUAGUGACAAUUGCACUAGUUGAUUUUUGAUUUUUCUUUCAAAUCUGGGAUUGUUUAAAUAAAUAAUUUUUUAAAAAAGCUUUAA